AUUUUUUUGGGAAAUUACGUCCCAAUAAAUUUUAUAAGGCUGACAUCAUUAGCUUACGUUAAUAUAAAUAUACACACAUACUUAAGUAUGUGUAGAUAGUUAUUUGUACUUAUUUAUGCGUAGAAGUACUUAUGUCUUAAUCGUAGCUACCUUCAUAGUGGUUGGUGUAUUGAAGUGAUUAAUAACUUAGCUGUGAUUCAUAAAAUAUCUUAAAUACAUUUUAUAAUUACUGCAAUACAAGUCUUAAUAUAAAACGCUAAUAUAGUUUUCAUAUUCCUCGUUAAUUAUUAUAUAUUUAUAAUAUAAAAUACUUGUAAAGUACACCUAGAAAAUAAUAUAUUAUUGUUAACCUUGUGUUAAUUGUCGGCAAUAAGUACUUGUGAAGGAGUAAACACCAUAAAUUUAUCAAGAUGUGUGCAAAAAUGGCAUUCCAGCAUCAAGCUGGCACAGCUAUGGAGUGUUUAAGUAUACCGAUAACGCUUCAUAAAGAGACGGAAAUAGAUGCACACGGUGAAGAAGUUAUGAAGUGUGGAUUUAAAAUUGGCGGUGGAAUAGACCAGGAUUAUCGAAAAAGUCCUCAGGGCUAUACGGAUAAUGGUAUAUAUGUAACGGAAGUGCAUGAAGGUUCACCGGCCGCAAAAAGUGGUUUACGAAUGCAUGAUAAAAUAUUACAGUGCAAUGGCUAUGACUUUACAAUGGUGACUCAUAAAAAAGCUGUGGGUUAUAUACGAAAACAUCCGAUACUUAAUUUAUUAGUGGCACGGAAAGGAGUCACCAGUACCUAAUUAAUUAAUUAAUUUUAACAACAUACAUUUAAGCAUUUUGUCCAGUUUUUAUACAUAAUUUGUGUCCUUACGGUAGACAAAGAAAGGAAGGAAGAAAUUAAUAAUUUACUUUGAGAUUGUAUAGACGUAAUUUUAAAAUAAUCGUUAAUCGUUACCAAUUUAAAAUUCUAGCAACUCGAUUAACUUUCGAUUACAAUCAUCUCAUUCCAAAACUAAUCGUCUCAUUCCAUGCGUACUAUUAGACUUUGUCUUAUAUUAUUUUCUUUGUUUUAAACAUUUUAAAUAAAGUAAUAGAUAAAUAGUUAAUUACCAAAAUAACGAGCAAUUUAAAUAAGCGAUUUACUGCAAUAAAUUGCUCUGUCCAAUAUAAUAUACACAACCAAAUGUUAAUAUAAGAACGUAUACAUUUUCUACAUAUCUAUCAAUAUACUCGACAUUUUUUCUGUUUUAAACAUUAAACAUAAACUCAUAUUUCAUUUAAUUAAUUAAGUAUUCAAUUGUAAUUAAGAAUCACCGAUCAAAUGCAGUUUAAAUAAAUAAUAUUAAUGAUACAGUUUCAGUACAACAAAUUUAUAAUUUUAUCAACUGCAAAUAUAAUUAAAUUUUUUAUUACCUUAUUUUUUAUUCUUAUUAUUAUUAAUUAAUUAUUAAGGUCAAAUUUUUAUAAAAAGAGGCCACAUAAAUAAGGCUGACUUUAGAUUGUACGUAAUGUUGUUAAACAUCGAAUUUUGAAAAAUCUUACGAGCCAAAUAAAUAUUCUAAAUGUAUCAUAAUAA